AUGGUUAAUUGGAGUGAUUUACCCGUUGAUGUCCUUAGAGAAAUAGUGUUGAAACUAGAUUCUGCCCAAGACUUAGUCUUUUUCUCGGCUGUAUGUGGACCAUGGAAGUAUGCAUAUUCUACGGCCAAAAAUAAUUGGACUAGGACGAUGCCAUGGUUGAUGGUACCCGAAAACGCACAAAAUAGCCCUAAUUACCCUAGGAUAUUAUACUGUCCUAAUAAACAAAGGUGUUACCAAUUACAUCUCCCUCAAACUUAUGGUGCUAGAUGUUGGGGUUCGUCGUGUGGUUGGAUUGUCGUACUCGAUCAUAACCUAGAGAUGUACAUGUUGAACCCGAUAACUAAGUCUCGUAUUAGCCUACCCCCUCUUUCAAGCAUGCCCAACGUAUGUGUUGAAGAUGAAGACGGCCCUGAGUUCUUACAAUUAUGUAUCAUACAAAAGGCGGUCGUAAUUGAAGCUGACGGUGAAUACAUUGUCAUAACAACACCUGGUAUCUUUUAUCACAGCGUACAUUAUGCAAGGCCUGGUGACCAAGAAAAAUUAGGGUAA